AGUUACUCAAUUGCAGUAUUUUAGUUUUCACUUGAACAUCCCCUGUUUAAAUGGUCAGUCGCUAAACUAUGUUGAAUUAAUAAUAAGCCCGAAAGGUAUGUUUGUGUGCAGCCUCGAGCUGUUAACAUGGACGUCAACACUGGAACGUUCACAUUCAUAUCCUGAAUGAUCGCAUUCCAAAACAUGCACCAAGUUACUAACCAGGUUCAAGCUGUCCAAAAACCUGACCAAUAGAGCUUCGUUUCCUGUUUGCCUGCUCUGCCGCAUACAGUGUUUCACACACUGCCACAUGAUUGAAGUUACUCCCACAGAAGUCGUGCACAGGAAAACAGAGAGCAUAUUGCUACCUGUGUCAAGAACAAUAGAUAAGUGGUUAGUGCACUCGGGAGACAAGUCUUAGCGUGAUUCGCUUAAUUAUGGUGGGACGGGGGAAUCGUUGAGGACGUCUGCUGCUGUGAUCUGUGGAUUUACUUUUUUACUGUCCAUGAGGAGGUAUCGAUCAUGUCACUGCCAGAGGAGGAUCUGACGUGCCCGGUGUGCUGUGACAUCUUCACAGACCCCGUGCUGCUGUCGUGUAGCCACAGCUUCUGCAGGAGCUGCGUGAAGCGUUGUUGGGAGACGGGCCUGCGUGAAUGUCCAGUGUGCAGGAAAAGAGCCGGGUCCAAGUUCAAUCCUCCCUCCAAUUUGGCUCUGAGAAAUGUGUGCGCGUCCCUUCUGCAGGUCAGGAGCCAGGCUCCGGUGGCACAGGAGGAGAAGACGAACUGUGGCCUGCACGGGGAGAGGUUGAAACUGUUCUGCCUGGUCGACAAACAGCUCAUCUGCGUGGUGUGUCAGUCUUCUAAGCUUCACAAGACCCACGACUGCUCGCCUAUAGAAGAGGCAGUGCUGGACUGCAAGGAUGAACUCGCUAUAUCCCUUAAAAUCUUGCAAGAGAAAGUGGAAGUGCUCACGAGAAUUCAGCAGACCUCUGCGGAAAUGUCCAAGUACAUCAAGUGUCAGGCAAUGGAAACACAGAGCUUGAUCAGAAGCCAGUUCGAGCAGCUCCGCCGGGUGCUCUGGGAGGAAGAGUCGGCUCGACUGGCAGCUGUGAAACAGGAGGAGGAGGAGAAGAUUGCGGGAAUUAAGGAUAAGCUCAAAGAACUCUCCGCAGAGGUGCUGUCCCUCACGGAGACCAUCUCGGUCGUACACGAGCAGCUGAAAGAAGACGAUAUGGUUCUGUUGAAGAAUUUUCAAGCUACUCAGGACAGAAGCGAAAGCAAUGUGCUUGGUUCAGACAACAUGUCGGGAUUACUGAUCGAUGUGACCAAUCACCUCUGCAACCUCAAGUACAGAGUCUGGGAGAAAAUGCUGGACCACAUUGACUACACUCCAGUGACAUUGGACCCAAACACAGCACACCCCUGCCUCAUCCUGUCCGACAACCUCACUUCCCUCCACUACUCAAAGCAGCCCAGCUGUUGCCCUGACAACCCAGAGCGCUUCCACAUCAGCGCCGAGGUGGUAGCCAUGUCUCCGCUCGGUUCAGGAAGUCACCACUGGGUCGUGGAAACGGGAAGUAAUCAGGACUGGCUCCUGGGCGUGGUCUCCUUGUCCGUGCCCAGGAACGGUGAAGUCUCCGCCAGGCCCGAAAACGGCUUCUGGACUUUGUGUUUCCGACACGGAGAGUUCAGGGCGAUGACCUCCCCGCCCACACCGCUGACACUUUCAAAAGCGCCGAGACAAAUCAAAGUGCAACUGGACUACGACAAAGGGACGGUGUCUUUUGUUGACCCCGCUGACAACACAGUCCUCUGUGCAUUCACACACACAUUCACGGAAACUUUACUUCCAUACUUUUAUACACAAAGCAGUCAUCCGUUGAGGAUAAUGCCGGAGAAGGUACUUGUCACCAUGUUGCGUCAAUAACCAGUUAACAAAAUUAACAUCUCAUCUGAAAUGGUUUGAGUUUCCAAUGCUAAUAACUUAAUAAUAAUAACAACAACAACUUUAUAGCACUUUUCAAGAGAGUACUUAAAUGUACAGCCUUGAAUUCUGUACAUACAGUAAAAACAAUGUGUAGCAAAAAGGACACAGGAGAAAGAGACACAUUGGAAUGGAUUGGAAUGGGUGAGGACUGUAUCACAUGGAAAAUUACAUGAUAUAUAUGUUAAAAAUGUUUGUUUACCAAAAAUGAAAAUGAAAAAAUGGCAAGCCACUGUUUAACAGGGGUGAUAAUCCAUCACAUAACCACCCCCCUGUAACACAGCAAAUUUAUGUUUUUAUACAUAACUUUUGUGCAAAUUAAACAGCUGAGAAAUAACAUGUUAAUAAGCUGACCUUUAGAGGUGCUGGAAGGGGUAUUGGUGUUAUCUUUGUGUAGUUCUGGGUUAGCGGUUACCCCUCGGGUUCCAGUCUUUAUGUUGAAAUAACACAACCUGCUUCUGGCUCCAUCAACAUAUCUACACAAUGAUAUAUUGUUAUUCUAUACUCCUGGCAAGAAAGGAAAUAGGAUCAAUCCAUGUUAUGUUGGACAGGGAUCGAUGAUUUGUUUCUAACCUGUCCAGCUCUACGCACUUUAAGACACACUUUGUGUUACACACAUGCAAAGUUGUUUCACUAUCGCAGUGGGGGGACUGCAUUCCCUUUGCCUUAUCUAAAUCCAACUCUAACCCAAAACCAUCUAAUCUUAAUCUAUAUCCUCAAAAAACGUCUUUACACACAUGUAGGGACCUUAGUUUCUGUCUCUGCAACGAGUCCCCAUAGGUUAAUGUAUUCAAGUUGAAGUACCAACUGGAAUAUGAAAACCAACACCCACGCGCGCAUGUCGGUUUUCGUUUUCCAGUCAAGUUCCAGCUUCUUGAAGUGAUAUUUAAUUCAAGAGAAGUAACGAUUCCCUGGUCAGAAGGUGCUUUGUUUUGGAGGGAUUUUGUAUGAUACUUGUUUAUUGGUCUAUUUUGUACACAUGGUGGCGCCAAAGCCAAACAAAUAUUUUGUAGGAGUUCAGCGCAGUGGAGACAGCAGCUCCGAAAACAAGUAUGAAGUUGUAUGAUUGGAAAAUCUUUUUUGAUAGCACACAUGACUUUAUUAAAUCAUGAAAUCAAAG